UUCUAUACUUUUGAGGCAUAAGCAAUUAGGAAAUAACACUUACUACCCAGGAACAAAAACUGUGUUACAUAGUUUAUUCACUAUAGGAUUGCAUAUACAAAAAGAUUUAUCAACCCUACCCUAAUAAAUUUACGACAGUAAAAGCAUAACGACGUGAAAUACAGGACAGUGAAAGCAUUGUAAAUCAUAGGCUAGUACUGUAAAGCAUAUUAAAUGUAAACUAUGAUAUACUACGGUAAAUGCGUAGUAUAACAAUAGGAAAACUGCAAAAUUCACUCCAAAUUUCCAGCUGUAAACCUUUAUGUUGUAUAAUAAGAUAUAUUGACUCUAGAUUACUGUUGACCUGGAUUAGUCUCAAUACCCUGUAAUCGCAAAACUAAAUCUUCAUAUUUCCCAGAAAAAAGUUAGUCACAAGGGUUUUUAACAGAAAGUAAUGCACCAGAAGCCUCCAUAGUGAAAUAACAUUUCUUAAAACAGCAUAGCCAUCUUUUUCUCCAGACACUGUAAAUACAGCCAGCCCUGGGCUAAUUUCCCUGCCUGGAAAUUUGACUGAAAAGCACCAGGGGAAUCACACUAAAGCAGUGGCGUAUGCUUUGAUUGAAUCCACCUCUAAAUAACAUGGUUUCUGCAAUGGGGUCGGGGCACUGCCUGCUUGUAUUUACAAGCAGAAACUAUGCAAACUUGUGCUAACUUCCCCAUUGCAGUCCCUUAGUAUGCUAGUGGCUAGCGGAAGCAACAUGUGCACUUUGCACUGUUUUUAUGCACUGCACGUUUUUACAGAGCUGUUCAGUUAAUGGGCAAAAGGUACAAGGCAAAGCCAAAGAAGUGUCUUAACUGGCCAGAAAGAAAAACCUGUGUCCAUAAAGAACCAGUGGUUAAACUAAUAAUAACGUGAUUAUGCUCUUGGUUUUUCCACUCUGGGUAAAUUGCUCAUAUGCAUUUUUACAGUGGAGUGGGCACUUUGGAUACAAUGGAAAACAUAGGCCUAUAGGUUUUAAUGGCAGCUCGGCUGCUCACUAGCUUGAGCACUAUUUAUCACAGCUGCACUGUUUGUGGAAGACAGUAUGAAUCUCAAAAUUAAAUGAAUGAUAACCACAGAUGUUCUUCCUGGGUUUCUUUAAAAAUAAGAAAUAAUUCUACUCCACAAUGAUUAGUUUGAUAACCGCACUGAUUUCUUCCAUGUGGACUAGUUAGCUGGGACAAAAAAUGUCAGUCAUUGUGCAAAACAGUUUAUUGGGCACAGGUGUUUGCAUUUUUGAUAAAGAAAAAAAAAAAAAACAUGAAAAUGACGUUUUUGAAAAGAUUCAAUAAUGUGUCUAGGAAUUUGUAGUUGUAUCAAAGUGCCUUUUGAAUAAUGGCAAUUACAUUUGUUAAAAUACAAUGUCUCAUGUUUUAUUUUAAUACACACUAUACAGAGUACACUAAAGUUAAAACAAGUAAAAACAAUCAGUGAAUAUCAUGUAUACAAGAUAAAGUGAUGUUAAUCAGCUGUGAGAAUAAGACCAGAGCAAUGGGUCAGGAGAAUUUAAAGGUGUACCACCUUAGCCAAGGGUUGUUUGAGAGACAAAGUAGGGCCUAUUCUAUAAGGAUGGACUGUUUGGUGGGUGUAUCAUUGAAUUAAUUUUGACACUAUUGUUAUGCUAUCUUUUGGUAUUGCAGAGACAUUGCUAAUCCAUUUACCUGAUUAACUGAAGUUAACUGCAUUUUACUUUUUCAGUAUCAUUUCCUGAACAAAGGAAUAGGGAUGCUUCCUGAUGCAUAUUCAUCAAAGUGUUGCAAGACAGUACAAAUUUUAAAUAAUACAACAAAUAUAUUAAAUAAUUUUUUAAAAAAAUAGCAAAAUUUGAAUAGGUGCCUGCUAAGAUGUUGAUACAUUUUGUGUAAGUUGUUUCUUAUUGUAUUGUAACAUGGAGGUAAAGAAAGCAGUCCAGGCAGAGAUUCUGUUCUCAAAUGUAUUAUUACUCGAGGAACAAAGAACAAGCAGUCAAAAACAAAACAGGUUCUCUCCCACAGCCCCCCUCUCUGCCAGGCUUAAACACCGCUCCCAUAUUCACACCAUCAUGCAUGCUCCCCCAAUCACAGGCAUGUAUCCCUGUCCCACCACCCAUUAUCUCAAUGCAUCCACAUAGUUCAGCAAACCCCAGGGGGGCUCUCCUGCAAAUGCAUGUCUGACUGGCUGCAGUCACAGCAGAUAUGGCUGGAUUAGGUCCACCUUCCUCAUUUCCCUCAGUAUUCUCUCUACCUCCUCCGGUCCGGCCAGAGGCCUCAGCUUGACUGGCGCUUCCUCCCCCUUGUCGAUGUCCUGUUGCACCAGGUGUAUGUGGUCCGCUUCCUUGGCUCUGGCGGCAAAACUACCGCUAUUCCAGCAGCAGAUCCCACAGCCUGCUGCUCUAACAGCUGUAGCACCAGACAGCAGCCACUGCUGCCAGGACAGUGCCUUCACUGACAGGUGACUGGGGCUUGGCUGGGGCUGUAGGCUGGUUCUCUUGGCACAGCCACUGUGGGGGCUUAAUUGCUUGGCUUUGGACCCUGGCUGUGCUGGCUGGACCCUGGGCUCGGGCUGUGCUGGUCUGAGGACUUCGCCGGCCCUUGGUCGGUCCCCCACAAGAGCUGGACAUCUGGCAAGGUAGUCCCACCAGGCUGCCUCAGAGGGUGAGCAGGUUCACCCAGUUGGGUCAUGUCAAAAGCCAGUCUCCCUGGAAGCGCAGGAGCCCUGUCUGGAGGUCGAGAUGACUACAGGUGCUGCGCAGGAAGCCCAGGCCCAGGAUACAGGGGUCCUGGAUGGCAGCGACCCAUACGGGAUUGUGGACGAUCCGAUCAUCCACUAGGAUGGUCAUCAUUCUCCUCCCUUACAUCGGCACCACCUGUUGGAGGACAUUGGGCCUUACCAGGGUGAUGGUCAUCCAGGGCAGUGCAGGGGACACCUUCAAUACGGAUAGGGACAUGGCAGAAGUCCCUUACCAUGGUUCUCCCCACCACGACAACUGACAGGCUGUCCGCUACUUCUGGGAGGGUGGAGCCCCACUCCCCCAGCUGUACUGUCAGGCUCCCCCAGCUGGCAGUGGCUGCAGCAGCGGCGGUGUGCAGGGUGAGGUGGUGCUGUCAGCUACUUCUAGAGUAAUUGGAGCCUCACUCCCCCGGCUGUGCAGUGGUUGGUUCUUGAUAGGCAGGAUGGUGAUCCGGCAGGGGGCCCAAGCUGUUCCACUUAGGCGAACCCCAUGUCGUUUCCCGAGGGCUGGCGCAAUGUGCAUGCGUGAGUGUGGUGGGGGCUAUCCUGCAAAUGCAUGUUUGUGAUUGGCUGCAGUACCAUUGGCCACGAGAAGGGGACACUGAACUGUGCCUGUGAAAAAAUGUGUGUAGCAAGUGGCACCUUUUCUCAGCUUCAUCCUCCUCAUCGUUACAGUAUAAAGAUAUCAUCUUGUUCGGUGAGAGAACAGCAAAUAGAAUAUAUUCCUGAAUAUGAAGAUUCUAUUCAGGAAACACUAUUAAAUAUAAUUUUACUUUAUAAUUGUGCCGUAUGUUCUGUUCUACAAGGAUGACCUCUGUACACGGGAUAUAAGAUGUGCUGGCAAAUUUUGUCAGAACAGUGGCUGAUUUCUUACAUGUGAUUUAUAAUAGUUCUUGUCAGGCGUAUGCAAACAUUUUAAAACUCUAAAAAGUGACUAAAAGACCACGGCCGCUCAUAAAUAGUUUAGCACCUUCUUUAAACAACAUUUUUUUAAGAUUGCCUUUAAUUGUCAGGCACUGUCUCAGAGCUUCCAGGUGUAGAAAGCCUAGGUUUGCCAGCAAUUCCUCUGACAGGGAUAUCUCACUAUUUUAUUCAGCUGCAGAGACCUCUCGUAACAUGACUAACCCCUAUCUCUUAGCCAUAAAGCAUUAAAUUGGGUUUAAAACUGAACUACUUUACUUGUGCUUGUACUUUAUCGUGUUUUGUACAGUAGCAGUCUGGCAGGGGAUGAUGUUCCUAAUGCAGUUGUGAGUACCAACAGCGUGGAAACCCGAUGCACAGGAGCAGGUACCAACUUGGAACCUUGCAUUUGCCAGCCCAGUCUUUUAACAACUGCGCAAGACAGCCAGCUUGUUUCGACAAUCAUGUACAGAUCAGAAAUAUGGCCUUACCUGCUCUGCCAUAUUAAAGGGGUCAUUCUCAUACAUCUCUCACUGUACCCCUGCUCUCUCUUGGGAGUGUCAGAAGCAGACAUGGGGAUCAGCUGCUGUGCCUGCCCAGUAUGUGAACAACUCUACAGAAGGCUUUUGAAUAAACAGUUGCCAACAGGAAGUUUUUGUGAAUAACAUACGAUGAUAUAUGUUAAUGGGCCUGCCCAGUAUGUAUAGUUUUGCACACCCCCGCACCCCCGUUUUAAAAUGUAGUCCCAGCAAUUCAUCCUAACACCACCUUUAUUAAACAAACAAUUAUACGGGCGGCACUGCCUUGACCUGUCGUUUCAGCUCGGAAACCCUUUGCUUGUCAUUCAACAGUACAUCAGAAAACACAUAAUACCGAUAAUUAUAGAAUCAGCUGUAAAAAAAAAACAGUAGCGAAGACCACCUUAGAGACAAUGAAAAUAUGUAUUUCUUUGCAGGUACAAAAAAAAAAAAAAAAAAAAAAACAUUCAAUUGCAUUGGUUUUAACUUGUAAAUUUGUUUGAAACUCGAGACUCAGCAUAGUCACGUGAUGUGUCUGCGGCCAUACCUGUGGCGCACCCGGAUGCAGUUACACUUUAACGUCAAACAUUUAUUUUUGUUUGUUAAGAAAGUACACGUGAAAGCAAAACAUCUGUGUAUUUGUUCUAUGUAUUGUUGUCCACGAUUAACAACACACACAAAACAACUGUCGCUGUUUAGAAAUAUGUUUUCAACAUGUGUUGCCAGCUCUUGAGUUAGACAGACGAAAAAAACUUUAUUAAAAAAAUAAAACAAUGAAUCUUUCUUCUGAAUGGCCUGGCUGUUUUGUCAAUAGGUCGGUUACGUGGCGUUUUUUUUUUUUUUUUUAUAUUUGUAUUUUUUAAAAAAAAAGUAUAAUAAAACUAGAGAAUAAAAGCGACUCUCGGGGUCACAGACUUCCUGGAGAAGUUUAUCUGUCGAUACAGAGUGGGCGUCAGUUUAUGACAUUAUAUCCUGAUUCUCUGUAGCGACCGAGUCCUGUUUAUUAUUGAACAAACGGGAAGGGAGAAUGGCAGUGCACAAAGUGGGUUUGUCUUAGUGCUGAUACUCUUAAACCCGAGCACUUUCUUCGAAUUGACCUGGAUUUCAUGUAAUCGGAUCAAUCCUGUUUCUAUCUCACCAGCAGAAGUCCGUACCGUUUAAGAAGCGUUGAUAUAAAGUGAAAGCACCAGAGCAACUAAGAAACUUAAUUUAAAUCAAUUAAUGUAUUCAUUUUUUUUAAAACUCUUGCUUACAGCUUAAAAUGUGCUACUAGUUUUGAACAUAGUUGUAUUACGUUACAGAAGACGAAAGACCAACUACAACGACACAGAGGUAUACGAAAAGGGUGAUUUGAGGACUAACUGGAAAACAACGAAUUAAUGAAACGUGCUUAAACAAGAGUUAGAGUAAGGGCAAUGGUAAUGUACGGAAGGAGGAACCGAACAAAAAUACUAUUCCUUUUCGCAGCGUUUGCGAUUGGGUAUAUAAUAUUUCACAGGAAUACUGUUAAGGACUUGGGGGAUGCUGCUGCUAAGAGGGGUGUAAAUGGAAAAGAACAUUUGGUUCAAGGAGACGAACUCGAGAGAUUAAAAAAAACGGUCUACGAAAAACCUCCACUGGACCUUAAUGACCUGGGUGAGAUGGGGACAGCUGUAAAACUGAACUUAGAAGGAGAGGAAAAAAAGAAAGAGGAGGAGAGCAUUAAAAAGCAUCAGAUUAAUAUUUAUGUAAGCGAAAAGAUAUCUCUGCACCGCAGGUUGCCAGAGAGAUGGAACCCCCUGUGCAAACAGAAACAGUAUGAUUAUCGUAGUCUGCCAACUACAUCUGUUGUAAUAGCAUUUUACAAUGAAGCCUGGUCCACUCUGCUACGCACUGUGCACAGUGUGCUGGAGACCUCUCCGGAUAUCCUGCUCAGGGAAGUCAUCCUGGUCGACGACUACAGUGAUAGAGAACAUUUAAAGCAGCCUCUAGAAGAAUACAUUUCCUCCCUGAGGAAAGUGCGUCUGGUUCGGGCACAAAAGAGAGAAGGGCUGGUCAGAGCUCGGUUGCUAGGCGCUUCAAUAGCGACGGGGGAUGUGUUGACGUUCCUAGACUGCCAUUGUGAGUGUCAUGAAGGCUGGUUGGAGCCACUGCUUGAGAGAAUAAAGGAAGAGGAGACGGCAGUGGUGUGCCCAGUGAUCGAUGUGAUUGACUGGAAUACCUUCCAGUACCUGGGGAACCCUGGGGAGCCCCAGAUUGGAGGGUUUGACUGGAGGCUGGUCUUCACCUGGCAUGUGGUCCCAGAACGUGAGCAGAAACGAAGAAGAUCCCCCAUUGAUGUCAUUAGGUCUCCAACUAUGGCUGGAGGCUUGUUUGCUGUCAGUAAGAAGUAUUUUGAGUAUCUGGGUACCUACGAUACAGGAAUGGAAGUCUGGGGAGGAGAGAACCUGGAAUUUUCUUUCAGGAUCUGGCAGUGUGGCGGAAGCUUGGAGAUCCAUCCUUGCUCUCAUGUGGGCCAUGUGUUCCCCAAACAAGCCCCCUAUUCCCGGAGCAAGGCUUUGGCUAACAGUGUCCGCGCUGCGGAGGUGUGGAUGGGUUCCUACAAAGAGCUCUAUUACCACAGGAACCCCCACGCCCGCCUGGAGCCGUUCGGGGAUGUAACCGAGAGAAAAAAACUCAAAGAGAAACUUGAAUGUAAAGAUUUUAAGUGGUACUUAGAAAAUAUUUACCCAGAUAUCCAUGUACCACAAGACCGACCAGGAUUUUUUGGCAUGCUGAAGAACAAAGGGAUGGUCAGCUAUUGCUUCGACUAUAACCCCCCUGAUGAUCACAACAUUGCUGGUCAGAGAGUUAUCCUGUAUCCUUGUCAUGGCAUGGGGCAGAACCAGUUCUUUGAAUACUCGACUUACAAUGAGAUCCGGUACAACACCAGGGAGCCAGCUGGUUGUGUCGCAGUGGAUUCUGGGACGGAUUACUUGACAAUGCAGCUGUGCAAAACAACUCAGCAGGCUGUCCCCGAGGAUCAGAAGUUUAUCUUCAGAGAGGAUAGCACCUUCUACCACGUCCAGACCAAGAAGUGCCUGCAAGCUGUUGAUAAGUCAUACAAAGGUAGCCCGACUCCUGUACUGCAGCCCUGCACGGAUUCCAACUUGCAGAAAUGGUUUUUCCAGGAGAGAACAUAACAAGGACUCCUCCUUGCAAACAAAUGCAAGCUCAGAGGAGCUAAAUCCUAAUGCUGUUUGGUUUGUGUACAUGAAAUGGCAGCUACAGUCUUUGUUCUUACAUAUUUUUACACAUUUUUCAUUACCAUAUCUUCUUUGUGGGUAUAAAAGCCCAAGAGUAUAUGUGAGAAUGUACGUUCAAUAUGGGUAAUUCAUUCGGAACUAUAAAACACCCAUGGCAGUAUAUUUAGUUAUACUAAAAUACAUUUGUCAUUCAGUGUAUUGUGCUUACGAAUGUGCAUGUUUAGCUCAUUUGUUUGUUUAAGGUAGGGAGCCACAUCCUUUUUGUACUCUGAUUAUUUAGCAAAAGAAAAGAGGUGCUGUGAUUAUUGAUGAAUUAGUAGAGGGAUAUGGAGUAUUUGUCUUCAGCAGGGCUAGUUAUGUUGAUAGCAAGUACAAUUCAUUUUGAAGUAACUGAUUUUGGGGUUGGGAAUGGGGUAUAAUAGGCUCACUCUAAUCUCCAGCAAGGUUUACAGAACAGCUGUCAAUAUCGGGAAUCGUAGCAUUAUCUUAGAGGAGCAAAUCUUAUGGAAAAUGCCUUUUGAAAGAGUUGAAUCUCUAUGCAAGUCGUCUAUGCUGUCAGUCCAGCCCCUGUUACAGGCACUUCUAAUUUUUAAAAAAUAAUUAGUGUGAACUUUUAUUAUUAAAAAAGUUUUUUUAGGAUCAGUUCACAUUAAAAGCAUUUGGUUAAAAAAAGAACACAAGAUUUUGUGAUGGACUGUAUGGAAUAGGCCAUCUUUUCCUCCUCUUGUGUUGUGUUGUCACUGCUAUUUUUGGGGAGGUAAUGCACUCCAAUUGGGCCCAGAUAAAGAUCUAGUUGGUGUUAUACUACUACACACUACUGAAUUUUGACUGAAAAGUUUUGUAAUUGCACUUUCCAGGUAUCUUAGCCCACUGGUCUCUAACCCUGGUCCUAGAGAGCCACAGGAUCGUUUGGUUUUCAUUCCAACCAAUUACUUAAUUGGACCAGUUAUUGGCUUAAAUAGUCAGGAUUAACAUGUGUUCCAGAUCUGUAGCCACCUAUAAAACCUGCAGAAUUGUGGCUCUCCAGGACCAGGGUUGGAGAUCCCUGUCUUCACCUCAUCCCUAUUCUGUGACAUCACAGACCCCAGCUGACCCUUACUGAAUACAAACACAGACUGCAGGGUCUCAGUAGGUUCAUUUAAGGAGAAUCAAAGCUUGAACACCUGAACAAAGAGUUGUUUCAGCCAAGGGUUGAUGAUUUUUUUGUAGUGGUGUCUGGUCUGAAUGGUGUGGAAUAAUUCCUAUGUGUACCCUUGCAUUUAUGAAUUCUGUUAGAAUACUAUAUUGUCUCAUCAUCGUUUUCACAGGGUAUUUCCAGUUAUCAUUUGUUCAGUUAGGUGGGACAGAGGUAAAAAAAAAAAAAAAAAACGACUUCUUGAACAUCAUCAGUUUGUCAAAAAAAACACAUUGAGUGUAAUUGAGAUCUGUGUUUCCUGACCACCAAAAUAUGGUUGCAUUGUUAAAGGGUGUAACUUUGUAAAUUGUGUAUUAAAUAUCCUGUAUGGCCA